GACCCGGGACCAGGACCACUCCUCCACCUCCUCUCUCUAAGCUGCACUGCGGGGAUCUGUCUUCAAUCCUCCGGCUGCUCCAAACCAGAAGUGCAAGCCACAGGAAUCUCUGUGUGUGUGUGAGUCAGUGUGUGUCUGUCAGUGUGUGUGUGAGUCUGUGUGUGUCUGUCAGUGUGUGUGUGUGAGGCCUCCGCAGCUCUCAGGAUGUACCAGGCGGUGAGGAAGCUGUUCUUCACGGACUGUCGCUGCGCAGAUGAGUCCAGCUCGUACGAGACGUUGUUCUCCAAACUGGACACAAACAAAGAUGGGAAGGUGGAUGUGUCCGAGCUGAAGGCUGGACUGGCCGCCAUGGGCAUCCAGACUGGGAGGGGAGCAGCCCAGAAAAUAGUUUCUUCAGGAGACAAAGACAAAGAUGACGGACUCGACUUCAGCGAGUUCUCCAAGUACCUGAAGGAUCACGAGAAGAAGUUACGGCUGACCUUCAAGAGCUUGGACAAAAACAACGAUGGUCGAAUUGACUUCAUGGAGAUUAAACAGUCUCUGGCUGACCUGGGGAUGGAUGUCAGCAAAGUGGAAGCAGAGAAGAUCCUCCAAAGUAUCGACGGGGAUGGCACCAUGACUGUGGACUGGAACGAGUGGAGGGAGCACUUCCUGUUUAACCCAGCCACCAACCUGCAGGAGAUCGUCCGCUACUGGAAGCACUCCACGGUGCUGGACAUUGGGGACAGUCUCUCCAUCCCAGACGAGUUCACAGAGGAGGAGAAGACGACUGGGAUUUGGUGGAGGCAGCUGGCGGCUGGAGCCAUGGCGGGCGCUGUGUCCCGGACAGGAACCGCCCCGCUGGACAGAAUGAAGGUCUUCAUGCAGGUGCAUUCGUCUAAGAGCAAUAAAAUCAGCCUGGUCGGUGGUUUCAAGCAGAUGUUGAAGGAAGGAGGCUUGACGUCUCUGUGGAGAGGAAACGGAAUCAACGUCCUGAAGAUCGCGCCCGAGACGGCCAUUAAGUUCAUGGCCUACGAGCAGUUUAAGAAGAUGCUGUCCAGUGAACCAGGGAAGGUCAAGACCCACGAGCGGUUCAUGGCUGGAUCGCUGGCCGGAGCCACGGCACAAACGGUCAUCUACCCCAUGGAGGUGAUGAAGACCCGUCUGACGCUGAGGAAGACCGGACAGUACUCAUCGAUGUUUGACUGUGCCAAGAAAAUCGUGAAAAAAGAGGGACUGAAGGCGUUUUACAAGGGCUACGUCCCUAAUAUCAUUGGCAUCAUUCCCUACGCUGGAAUCGACCUGGCGGUGUACGAGAGCUUGAAGAACUUCUGGCUGUCCCGCUACGCCAAAGACUCGGCCAACCCUGGGAUCCUGGUGCUGCUCGGCUGUGGAACCUUGUCCAGCACGUGUGGCCAGUUAGCCAGUUACCCUCUGGCUCUGAUCCGCACCCGGAUGCAGGCACAAGCCUCUAUUGAGGGCGCCGAGCAGCUGCCGAUGAACCUCAUGGUGAAGAGGAUUUUGGAGAAGGAGGGCUUCUUUGGACUUUACCGCGGCAUCCUGCCCAAUUUCAUGAAGGUCAUCCCGGCCGUCAGCAUCAGCUACGUGGUGUACGAGUACAUGCGAGACGGCCUGGGGAUCCAGAAGUCGUCGUCUGGAGAGAAGUUUUAAAGUGAUUCCUGAACUGUGCUAAACUACGUUGUUUGUGCAAGUUAAUGCUUUAGGGUCGUGUGAAAAAAGCGGGCGACAAUGUAGACGUUUUCAGGAAAGAAUUCCAGAGAAAGUCUGUUCACUUGGGUGCGGACUGUCUCCGGAGUUAUCACUCAUUCAUCAACUUUGGCUUCAUUUCUGGAUGGUGGGGGGGGAAGUGGAGAUGUGUCUUCCAUCUUUUAUCUACACUCUACGCUCUCAAGGUCGACUUAUUUAACAUCCGAGCAACAAAAUGUGGAUAUUUUUCAACGCACAGACACUUGGAGACGUUUACUUUUUUGUGCCCUUUGGUUUAUUUGUUGGUUUGAGUAGAAGAGUUAAUUAAGUAAUUUUUUAAGUUUGGGUCGUGUUGUCACUUGUUCCUUUAACGUUUGACCAAAAAGCACCUUAUCGCACCGUUCUUCUUCCUAAUGGGAAACACAAUGUUCUCACUGUCUGUUCUCUGGGAUUAGUGAAAGUGGUCUGACCAAAUGUUGGAAAGCUUCAUUUACUUUCAGUAAAUUCGUCCCGAUUUUAACACAAAGCCAUUUAUACACAUCGGCGCCUCGCUGUCACGUUUGAGAGAAGACACGUCUUCUGGGAAUGGAUUUCACUCUGAGUGUCGGCCUCUAUUUUACAGGAGAAUAUUGUUUAGAGCUUUUUAUUGAGUUUGGUAAACAGGGGAGUAGAGAUGUGCCUUAUGAGAUGAUUCUCUGACGUCUGUGAACGUCUCCACCCUCACACUCUCUUGCCUUUCUUUCCCCAUAUUUGGUGAAUUUGACGAUGGUGUUUACAGAAAUAAAAUAUUUCAUUAUAAAAGGAGAA